CAAGAUGGUUCAAGUGGCCGCGCAGAGCCGGCUGCUCCAGCUACCGCAGGGUGUUACUGCCUAAGCAGGCAGGCGCACCAGAACCGCUGGCUCCCUGUGACCGCCAACUACGCAGGGACGUAAUGAUCAGAUCAUAAUGUUUUUUCCUGUCUGAUUUUAUUUUUUUUAUUUGUCUCUCUCUUUUUCACUCUCUCGCCUCUCAAUGAACAAUGGGAAAGCUGUCAGCAGAAAUUUCUAGCGUACCUCCUCUUUUUUCCUGCGGCAGAUCAUUGUUUUUGAUGCUGUUGUUGUGUAGGAGGGCAGGGAUGGACCAGAUCUUUUUGGAUUCCUGCUAGAAAACACGAAGAGGAACUGCACUAUUGUGUCUAUCGGCGUUUCGAGCACAGCAGAUGUAUUUGGGCUCAUCGUACAAGCGAGACUAUGGUGAAAUUCCCGGCACUCACGCAUUACUGGCCUCUGAUCCGCUUUCUGGUUCCAUUGGCGAUUACCAAUAUAGCUAUCGACCUCGGAGAGCAGGCUUUAAACCGGGGUAUAGCAGCAGUAAAAGGAGAUGCCAUUGAGAUGCUAGCCAGUUAUGGGCUAGCUUAUUCACUGAUGAAAUUCUUCACAGGACCCAUGAGUGACUUCAAAAAUGUUGGGCUGGUUUUUGUAAACAGCAAGCGGGAUCGCACCAAGGCAGUCCUGUGCAUGGUCGCAGCUGGCACUGUGGCUGCAAUUUUCCAUACACUUAUCGCUUAUACAGACCUGGGUUAUUACACCAUUAAUAAACUUCAUCAUGUGAACGAAUCUGUUGGGAACAAAACUAGGAAGGCUUUUCUGUAUUUAGCUGCAUUUCCACUCUUGGAUGCACUGGCUUGGACUCAUGCUGGGAUCAUGCUGAAACACAAGUUCAGUUUUUUGGUGGGAUGUGCUUCAAUUUCAGAUGUUAUAGCACAGAUUGUCUUUGUUGCCAUUCUGCUUCAUAGUCAUUUGGAGUGCCUGGAACCGCUUCUCAUCCCAAUCCUUUCCCUGUACAUGGGAGCAUUGGUGCGUUUCACCAUCGUAGGACUAGGCUACUACAGAAACAUUCAUGAUGUUAUUCCUGAUCGGAGUGGGCCUGAAGUUGGGGGCGAUGCCACAAUAAAGAAAAUGCUCAGCUUCUGGUGGCCGUUAGCGCUUAUACUUGCAACCCAGCGAAUAAGCAGGCCCAUUGUGAAUCUGUUUGUGUCUCGGGAUCUAAAAGGCAGCACUGCUGCCACUGAGGCAGUGGCUGUUCUAACAGCAACUUAUCCUGUAGGCCACAUGCCUUAUGGAUGGCUUACGGAGCUUCGAGCUGUAUAUCCUGCCUUUGACAAGAAUAAUCCGAGCAAUAAACUUGUAACUAGUGGGGCAACUGUCACCAAAUCACACAUCAAGAAGUUCACCUUUGUUUGCUUGGCUCUGUCCGUGACGCUGUGCUUUGUGGUUUUUUGGACACCAAAUGUUUCUGAAAGGAUCUUGGUGGAUAUUAUUCGGGUGGACUUGGACUUUGCAAACCUUUGUGUGAUCCCAUUACGGAUUUUCUCCUUUUUUCCAAUACCUGUUACAGUGCGAGCUCACUUGACUGGUUGGCUGAUGACUCUAAAGAAGACAUUUGUGCUGGCGCCCAGUUCAGUAUUAAGAAUCAUAGUCCUUAUAACCAGUCUCAUUGUGCUGCCUUACUUGGGGGUACAUGGAGCUACUCUGGGUGUCGGAUCUCUUCUAGCUGGUUUCUUGGGAGAAUCAACCAUGGUGGCAAUAGCAGCUUGCUAUGUCUACAGGAAACAGAAAAAGAAGGAGAAUGAAGAUGAGGCAGCAGCAGAGGGAGACUCAUCCCCAAUGAAUGAUGUCAGAUCUGGGGAAGAAAUGACCAACAUUGUAGAGAGGAGAGCUGAAGGAGAGGAUGAAGAAUAAAGGAAACCAGGAAGAUGGGGGAUAGUGCUCCACAUGAAGAGUCUGAACAAGAGUCUGACGGCUCGGCAUCUAACUUAUGGAGCAUAUAAACCAAAUGCCUAAAAGAAGGACACAAGGAAGCCUGCAUGCGGGGUCUACAUUUUCUUCUUUCACCAAGGAGAACAAUUACCGUGUCAUGACCUGCCCCCAAAGAGUCUUCCAGCUUCUCCACCGGCCAGCAAAGACAGACUUUAUUUGUAUCUUAUCUCUUGGCGAUAGUGUCCUUUAACUUUCUCUCUCUCUCUCUGCUUUUAUUUUUGCGCAGCCGUCCUAUUCUUUCAUAGGAACAAAUGAAAAACAAAAAACUGGAAGUGAAAAAGUUUAUAUGCUAAUUUAAUUUAUUUGCUUGAAAUUAUUACAAUUUUGAUCCUGAAUGUAAAAAGAAAAAGAACGAAAAAGAACUUUACUGAGGUCUCUGUGUAGACCUGUGCGCUUAUUUGCAAUAGUGCUGCUAAUUAUUAGUUAUGCAGUAGGAAAAAAAACCUAUAUUAUAUAUAUAUAUAUAUAUAUAUAUAUAAAAUAUAUAUAUUAAAUAUAUUUCAAAUCCAUAAUGUUAAAGGUAGUUAAAAAGAAACAGUUAGUACAUAUACAAAACAUUUGUAAAACAUCAGUAUUUUAAUUGUGAUUGCAGGAUUGGUGCUCAAGUGCCAUUUAAAGAUAAGACUCUUUUCUAAAGAUGGUGCUGAUGUAUGAAUGGUCUUGAUGGUUUACUUUGUAAUUGUAAGACAUGAAUGCGAUAGCCAAGGUCAUAGCUGUGAGUGGCCCCCUUGGCCGCUUAAUAGUUUUAUCAUGCUAAUUGAAGUGAAUAUCUUGAAAUGGUUCUCAUUUAUCUCAGGAAGAAUGACAUUAAACAUCCCAUCUUGUUACUAGAUUAGCUUAUUUUAAGUUUCGCACCACCUCUUCACAGCAGUUUUUAUUGUAUGUAUUUGUACUUUAAAGUGUUCCGUGUUUAUUUCUUACCUGUGUAUUUCGCACACAGAGAUGACCAUUAUCACAAUUUUUCUUAAGUGUGCGGAGUGUCAAAUAUCCAUAUUCCUCCACAAGUGAAAAAGAGCUCAAGUAUUUAUUUCAAGUACAUCUGUGACAGGAUAUGAUGGCUUUUUACAAAGUGGGACACUUGUGGGAGAACCUUCACAUAUACUUUACUUUAACGGAAGGACAGAACUGUCACAAGCAAAAAUGAACUGAACUGACUAUGCAGAAGUAACUGGACAGAAAAUACACUUCACAUGAAUCAAUAUUUAACUUUCAGAGAUUAUAACUAUUAAAAAAAAAAAGACACAGCGCUUAAUAAUGUAUUUUUGCUAAAAACAGAAAAGGUGACUGGAAUGGUUCUGCUUCACAGAUUUAAGAUAACUUUUUCUUUAAUUAAAUACAGCGUGUACAUAGUUUUAACAGAUUUGGUUUUCAGGGAGCCAUCUUUGAUUGAAUUUCCUGAUUUUACAGAGAACGAUCAAUGUUUAGUGUAAAAUUUCACCCCCAGUAGUUUAUGCUUCUCAAAUUUUUAUAAUUUGUAAGUGACAGGUAGUCAAAUUCAUCAAAGACUGGACUUGGUUAUUACUGCUGCCUCACCACCUUAUGGACCUGCAUUCAGAUGUUGUACAUAUACCACUGCAGGUUUCUCUCUAGAUGUUUUGGUUUUUCUCCUUAAUUCCAAAGACCUUUGUGUAUUCCACAGAUACAUGGAAUAAUUUACCAAUUAGUGAGGUAGACAAUUUGGGGUCAAUCAAAAUUUGCCUCAGUAUCAUUUUGGAGAAAUUAGAUAAAUAGUGUUGACAAACUUUGCUUAGUUUAUUCCCAUCAAAACAAUUCAAAUGUUCUACUGUGAAGUUAAUCCAUAACUCAGUAUAGGCGAGUUCAAUGGUGGGUGUAUGUACUUUUGCAAUGGGACUAGGUUCCUUUGCAGGGUCAUAUGCUGCCUUGAAUUCAAAUCAAUGACUUUUGCCUACACUGUACUGUCAUGAAAUAAGAACCCGUACAGUUGGAUGUACACAGUGAUAGUACUGAGAAUGCAUUAACUUGAUUUUUCCACCAUUUCUGUGACCUCUUUUCUUUCUUAGUUGUUUUUCAGAAAUCUUUGCACCUAAUGGAAAGUCUUUACUUUUUUAAUGACAAGAUUAAAUGCUGCUUUUGUGACAGCCACAUAUACCUUGCUUGACAUGAGGUGCAGUGGCUUGGGAUCAGUCAGUACAGCUCAGGUUGGUUUUAUUUUAGUAAUUGUGCCAAUGUAUUGUGAAGUGUUUACCGACAUGACAAACUGUUAGAGGUGCCAGUUACAGAGAAUGGCCAAACCGUGGACUAUGUUUCUAAUAGUGAUGUAUAGUAAGAUUAGACUUCAGAGUUGCUCUUUUUUAUGUAUGGAAUUCUUUUUUUAAAUUCAGUUUGUAUAUUUUUUCUGCCUGGACAGCAAACAAUUAAACUGGGUUCUAAAUCAUU